UUGAAAAAAAAAAAAAAAAAAUCUGAGAGAGCCUGCAGAAUCAGAGAAUUCCAUCAAUGGAGAACCCAAAAAUUCAAGAGAUAGUGGAGAAGCAGGUCCUGACGGUGGUGAAGGCAGUGGAAGACAAGAUCGACGAGGAGAUCGCGGCGUUGGAUCGGCUGGAUUCCGACGACCUGGAGGCGUUGAGGGAGCGGCGCCUCCAGCAGAUGAAGAAGAUGGCGGAGAAGCGUAGUCGUUGGAUCUCUCUCGGUCAUGGCGAGUACUCCGAGAUCCUCUCCGAGAAGGACUUCUUCUCCGUAGUCAAGGCCAGCGACCGCGUCGUCUGCCAUUUUUACCGUGAUAACUGGCCCUGCAAGGUGGUGGACAAGCACUUGAGUAUAUUGGCAAAGCAGCACAUCGAGACCCGUUUUGUGAAGAUCCAUGCUGAGAAAAGCCCGUUCUUAGCCGAGAAGCUAAAGAUUGUUGUUCUGCCUACCAUUGCCCUAAUCAAGAAUUCCAAAGUGGAUGAUUAUGUGGUGGGAUUCGAUGAGCUUGGUGGGACAGAUGAAUUCAGCACAGAGGAUCUGGAGGAGAGAUUGGCUAAAGCUCAAGUCAUCUUCUUUGAGGGUGAAUCGUCGCUAAAUGCAUCUAAAUCCGGUGCGCAUUCCAGAAGAAGUGUCCGUCAAAGCACAAAUCCAGACUCAUCAGAUUCAGAGUAAAACUACAUAAUGGAUUUAUAAGCUAUAAGGUAUGGGUUCUGUUAAUGGGGGAAAAUGGAGGUGUUUCAUCAUCCCCCUCACCUAUUCCAGGGCUAGUCUAGUUUGUGCUUGAUAAUGGUAUAUGACCUUGUACUAGCAGGAUAGGUGUUUUUCAUGUCUCUGGAAUUUUUGAUUGUCCUGAUAUAUAUAUAUAUAUAUAUAUAUUUUUUUUUUAGUCGACA